GAUGAAUCUGGUUCGUCCAUCUCUAACCAGUUUAUCGAACUCGAACGGUCGAUUUCAUCUUUGAUCGAUCUUUCACGGAGCAUGGAUGAGGGAGCUCGAAUUGCUAAACCCAUUUGCCAAGUUUAUGGAUGCGACAAGGAUCUGAGUUGUUCAAAGAAUUACCAUAGACGGCAUAGAGUUUGUGAGUUGCAUUCAAAGAAGCCGAAAGUAAUGGUUAAUGGAGUCGAACGAAGGUUCUGCCAACAAUGCAGCAGGUUUCAUCUGUUGUGGGAAUUCGACGGUGAAAAACGCAGUUGUCGUAGGCGUCUCGCUGGUCACAACGAACGGAGGCGAAAGUCUCGCCUUCUUGGCCUCGCCCGAAAACCUUCUCAAGAAUCAGCAAAAGCCUUAUCCCCUCACGGAUUCAUGGAUGCUAAACCAUACUGUUCCGACGGCUCUUCAUCUGGUAAAGCACCAGCUUUUCAAGAACACCCCAGUGUAUCCAUGUCAUCGUCGUCGUCGUCAGGAGGAGGAGCCUCCUCCCGUGCUCUCUCUCUUCUGUCAACAGAUUCUCAAGAUUUGUAUCAAUCCCAUGAUUCAAACCGAAUGAUGCAUUGCUCACACGCGAUGGGAGAUACAGGUUUGGCCCGUCCGGACACGAUGAUACUGUAUCAAGAUCCGGAGCUUCUGAACGGAACGAACGCAUGCGUACUGUCCGAACCAGAAUCCACGGUCGAUUUAUUACAGCUUUCUUCACAUCUUCGACGUGUCGAGCAACAGAGAAGCUUCCUCUCGUUUCCAGACAGCUACAACGUGGAAUCACAAUGAUACACAACUGGUUUGAUUUCUUUUAGCUACGAGUACGAGGUGUUUUUUUAUAGAGCAUAAUGAGAACUUCCUCUUACCAGACUGGUUUUUGUGUUUUUUUUAAUGGAUCUGCUUUCCUAUAUGGGCCUUAAACUGGGAAUCAUAUUGGGUUCAGUUUUGUAUUUGGACAUUAUAUUAUGUAA